AUGUUCGCGUCGGAAGACGGUUUUCACUCCUCCAAGGGCGGCGCCCGCGACAGAAUGAUGGUAUCCGACGAGGACCGGCAGAUGAGCCUGCCGCCGGGGCACGUCGCCGAGCACCCGGGCGCGCCGACCACGCCGGCGAGGCCGGUGUCGGCGCGUGUGUUCCAGACGGCCGUGUCCAGGAACAAGAGGGCAGGAGGCGGAGUCCACAUGUACAGCAACGACCUGUUUGGCGAUGUGACCGACGGGGACAUCCUGGCACAUGUGGACGAGGCUGCGGACUGCUCACCACACUCACAGGGCCACCAGCCGGCCCCCCUCCUUGCUGGCGGGGUGACUGUGCAGCAGCGGCUGCAGCAGCAGAAGACCCUGGCAGAGCAGCGGAGGCUGGAGAGGAUGCGUGGGGGAGUAGCCAUGUCCAAAGAUGACUUCGGUGGGAAGGCAGCUGCAGGGCCCAUUGGGCACAGGGGCCCAGAAGGGUUGCCUUCGGGAAAGAGUGCUGCAGUGUUCAGCAUCCACGAUGCCACCAAUGGGGCACUGGACUCCCCAAGUGGAGACCACUUUCAAAUUGCCCCUGCUGGGGAUGUAACCAGGUUUUCAGACCGGUCCAAGGUGGAAAGGGAUCUGGAGGAGAAAGGCAUGGACACCGUCUUCGACCCCACUGGGGGCCUGGACACGAUGCCCUCCACCACACAGCCUGGAUCAGAGGCUAUGUCCAGAUUUGCUCUCCCUGAGCAUGCCACUAGGGACGAGCUGCGCAAGUUCGUGAUGAUGCCAGGCCCCAGGCACCACCCGUGCUUGUGCUACAUUGUGAGGGACAGGAAGGAGUCGAAGACCUACCCCAAAUACAGCCUGUUUGCAGACGACACAGGGCAGCUGCUGAUAUCUGCCAGGAAGCGCAAAAAAAGCCGAUCCAGCAACUACCUGAUCUCCUUGGAUGACAACGACCUCGGGCGGCGCAGCGAGAGUUAUUUUGGCAAGGUGCGGUCGAACUUCAUUGGCACAGAGUUCAGCAUAUAUGACCGGGGGGAGAACCCGCUGAAGAGGGCAAAGGUGGCAGGUGGGGGGGAGGGCGAGGGGGACGCCCCACCCAUGAGGAUGGAGCUGGGGUCGGUGCUUUACCAGCACAACUUGUUGGGCACGAGGGGUCCCAGGAAGAUGACUGCGAUCGUGCCUAAGGUGCCCCCUGCAGCGCAGAGGCCGGCUCAGGCUGCCGCCGACACAGAAUCCCUUCUUGAAAGGUACAAGAGUGGUAAACAACUGGGAGAUUUGGUCAUCGCAAAGAACAAGACGCCGAAAUGGAAUGACCAGCUUAAUGCCUACUGCUUGAAUUUCAAGGGGCGUGUCACUGAAGCUUCCGUGAAGAACUUCCAACUUGUGCCUGAAGACGAUCAGGAACAUGUUGUCCUGCAGUUCGGGAAGAUCGGCGAGGACACCUUCACGAUGGACUUCAUGUGGCCGAUGUCCGCCCUCCAGGCCUUCGCAAUUUGCCUAACGUCGUUCGACAGCAAACUGGCCUGCGAGUGA